AGAGAGAGAGAGAGAGAGAGAGGAAGGGGCAGGCGAAGAUGUUGAAGUUUCUGUCGAAGGUGAAGAUCGAGUUCAAUGCACUGGACCCACGAACUGCAGCGUGCAUGGAGUUCCUGGCACAAUGCAACGCACGGAAGGCAAAGGAGUCGAACCCAGCGUGUCAGCUUCUGGUGAAGCGACGAACGGACGAUCACCCUCCUCAGAUCACCGUGACCUUCGUGAAUGGCGUCGAAGAGAUGAUCGAUGCUACUUCCACCUCAGCCCAGAACAUCAGGACUAUGAUUCUGGAGAAGGGUCAGCACCUUGAAACCGAACAAAUGUUCCGGGACGCGGGUGAGCAAUGGCCUGUCAUUAUCCCUGAAAAGGAGAUCCACCAACGCGCACCUGGUACCAAGCCAAGAAAAGCAGAAGAGAAGAAGCAAUGAUUGUCCCUUGCUGAUACUCUACCUGUCGUGUAGUUCAUUUUGAAUAUGCAUUUGCAGCGUUACCUCUUUAAUACAUCAUUCUGGUAUGGAAAUCCUUGUACUUAUUUUUCAUUAUUACAUUGUAAUAAGAUUUCAUUCACAACUUGAGCGCCAUGUAACUUCAAUCAAUGCAGCCAGUGCAAAUUUGGAAACAAUGCAGCGAGACCUAUGCUUGAAAUGGUUUUUCUUUCUCUUUUGAU